AUGUAUGUGGUGAAGCGCGACGGAAGGUAGGAAGCCGUUCACUUCAAUAAGAUCACUGCACUACUUAAGAAAUUUAGUUAUGGGCUAAGCAGCGACCACUUUGACCCUGUCCUCAUUGCUCAGAAAGUCUGUGUUGGUGUCUAUAAAGGAGAACUCGACGAGUUGGCUGUUGAGAUUGCUGCUGCUAUGACUUGUAACCAUGAAUAUGCCUCUCUGAGGAUUCUGCUCUCUCUCUUUCUUGCUGCUAGGAUUGCUGUCUCAAAUCUCUACAAAAACACUAAGAAAUCAUUUUCUGAGACGGUUAAGGACAUGUACAAUCAUGUCAAUGAGAGAUCUGGACUGGAAACUCCUCUAAUAGGUGAUGAUGUAUUUGAGAUAAUAAUGAAGAACACUGCUCGUCUGGACAGUGAAAUCAUCUACGACCGUGAUUUUGAAUAUGAUUACUUUGAAUUUAAAACUCUUGAGAGAUCGUACCUCUUAAAAGUCCAAGGGAAAGUUGUUGAAAGGCCUCAACACAUGCUGAUGAGGGUUGUUGUUGGUAUCCACAAGGACGAUGUUGAUUCUACAAUCAAGACUUACUAUAUGAUGUCGAAGAGAUGGUUCACUCAUGCGUCUCCUAAUCUCUUCACCGGAACUCCAAGGCCUCAUUUAAGCAGCUGCUUUCUGAUAUGCAUGAAAGAUGACAGCAUUGAAGGCAUAUAUGAAACACUCAAAGAGUGUGCUGUUAUAAGUAAAUCUGCUGGGGGUAUUGGUGUUUCAGUUCAUAAUAUCUGUGCAACUGGAAGUUACAUUCGUGGCACAAAUGGAAUGUCUAACGAUAUUGUUCCAAUGCUAUGUGUAUUCAACGACACUGCUCGUUAUGUUGACCAAGGAAGAGGCAAGAGAAAGGGAGUCUUUGAUGUAUACUUGGAGCCAUGGCAUGCUGAUAUCUUUGAGUUUUUGGAGCUGCGGAAGAACCAUGGAAAGGAGUAACACAGGGCUAGAGACUUGUUUUAUGCUUUUUGGGUUCCAGAGCUUUUCAUGGAGAGAGUCCACAAUAAUAGGCAGUGGUCACUGUUUUGUCCUAAUGAAGCUCUGGGUUUGGCAGAUUGCUGGGGCGCCGAGUUUGAGAAACUCUACACUAAGUAUGAAAGAGAGGUGAAGGAUUUCAUCCAUUUUGCGCUCCAUGUAACAUUCUUCAUCUCACAACAUGACAUUCCAUUGGACUCUCAUCCACCGCAGCUUGCUGGCAGUUUGGGCUCAAUAAAUCAUCACUUUGAUUUUGAUAAGUUAGCAGAUGUGACUGCUAGUGUUACCAUUAAUCACAAUAAAAUAAUAGAUGUGAAUUACUAUCCUGUAGAGACUGUAAAAACGUCAAACAUACGUCAUAGACCUAUUGGUAUUGGUGUACAAGGUCUUGCAGAUGCUUUUAUCCUUCUUGGAAUGCCAUUUGAUUCUCCAAAGGCUCAACAACUGAAUAAGGACAUUUUCGAAAUCAUAUACUAUCAUGCACUCAAAGCAUCUUCACAACUUGCCGCUAGAGAUGGUAGCUAUGAGACAUACAAAGGAAGUCUCGUGAGUAAGGGAAUUCUUUAACCUGACAUGUGGAAUGUAACUCCAUCAAACCGUUGGGAUUGGGCUUCCCUAAGGGAUAUGAUAUCAAAGAAUGGAGUAAGGAACUCUUUUUUAGUAGCACCUUUGCCAACUGCUUCAACCAGUCAGAUUUUCGGGAAUAAUGAAUGUUUUGAGCCAUAUACCUCAAACGUCUACAGCCGCAGAGUCUUGAGUGGGGAAUCUGUAGUGGUGAAUAAGCAUCUUCUCCAUGACUUAACUGACAUGGGACUUUGGACUCCGACACUAAAAAACAAGAUAAUUUAUGAGAAAGGUUCUAUAGUAAAUGUCCCGAAGAUACCUGAUGAUUUGAAGGCGAUAUACAGGACUGUCUGGGAGAUUAAACAAAGAACAAUAGUGGACAUGGCUGUUGACCGUGGGUGUUACAUAGAUCAAAGCCAAAGCUUGAACAUACACAUGGACAAACCCAAUUUUGCGAAACUCACUUGCUUGCAUUUCCAUGCGUGGAAAAAGAUAUAAGGUUUGAAAACUGGGAUGUAUUACCUGCGAUCACGUGCUGCAGCAGAUGCGAUAACAGUUGACUCAACCAUGCUCAAGGAGAAGCUGAGUGUAAUAGCCGAAGGAGACAAGCAAGUAAAGGAAGAGGACAACGAAACUAAAAUGGCACAGAUGGUUUGUUCCUUGACAAACCCUGACGAUUGUCUCGCCUGUGGAAGUUAA